AGACAAAUUUUCUGUUUUAAAAAUUGAAUUGUUGUAGAACUCGACGUGGUUAUCUCGUAUUAUGUGGUGUCAUAGGUUCAAUUUGGUUGCUUUUCCUCUUUCUCUCAGAUAAGUCAUCAGAUUGAAAGAGUACACUCAGUUCUUGAAAUACGUAUUCUGCUCAACUUAACCUCGUUUCCCUACAUUUUAUCCCACCUAGGGAGAGUUAAACAGAAGGGCGCACAUGUUGAGAGCUUUAUCAAGAGCAAAGUCGUGUAUUUAAAAUGCAACGGCAGGUUUUAGCUGGCUAAGCUAGUUGGUGCUAGCAAGCUACUAAGGUAAGCGGUCGGUUUUGCAGAAUACGCAAAGUGUACCAACGUUGCACAUUGUUUAAUGUGCAGUUGUGCACCAUUUCAUAGGCUCCCUCAAAGAAUACCGGAACAAAGUUUAUGAAUGAAUAAUAUUAAACUGUGAUCCUGUUCACGUGUAGCGCUGAGUGGUGAGACAGAGGAGGAGGACAACGUCGUUUUUCCUGUUUUUUUCUCCACCCGGGAGGCAGUUCUUGAAGGAUGCCGGCCGUGUGUCUCAGGGCAGAGGCCUGCUGAUUUCUCUGAUGUUGUGACUGUAAAGCAGGAUGGCCCACGGAAUGCCGACACAGGGCAAAGUGACCAUCACCGUGGACGAGUACAGCUCCAACCCCACACAAGCCUUCACCCACUACAACAUCAACCAGAGCCGCUUUCAGCCGCCCCAUGUCCACAUGGUGGACCCUAUCUCGUAUGACAGUCCCAAGCCAGGGGGCCACACGCGUUUCGUGUGUGUGUCCGACACACACUCGCGGACAGAUGGCAUCCAGAUGCCAUACGGCGACGUUCUGCUGCACACGGGCGACUUCACUGAGCUGGGCCUCCCCUCCGAGGUCAAGAAGUUUAACGACUGGCUAGGCGGUCUCCCGUACGAGUACAAGGUGGUGAUCGCAGGAAACCACGAGCUGACCUUCGACAAGGACUUCAUGGCUGACCUGGUCAAGCAGGAUUACUAUCGCUUUCCCUCUGUGUCCAAGUUGAAACCUGAGGACUUUGAUAAUGUUCAGUCCCUGCUCACAAACUGUGUUUACCUGAAAGACUCGGACGUCACCAUCAAGGGCUUUCGAAUAUACGGGGCACCGUGGACCCCCUGGUUUAAUGGCUGGGGCUUUAACCUGCCGCGGGGACAGUCCCUGCUUGAUAAAUGGAACCUCAUACCUGAGGGCAUCGACAUCCUCAUGACCCACAACCCGCCCCUCGGGUUUCGGGACUGGGUUCCUAAAGAGCUCCAGAGGGUGGGUUGCGUGGAGCUGCUGAACACGGUGCAGAGGAGGGUCCGGCCCAAACUGCACGCCUUCGGGGGCAUCCAUGAAGGUUACGGCCUCAUGACGGACGGCUACACGACCUUCGUCAACGCCUCCGUCUGCACGGUCAGCUUCCAGCCCACCAACCCCCCCAUCGUGUUCGACCUGCCCAACCCGAGCAGCUCGUGAGGGGCUCGUCGGAGCCAAGGACACCCUCCGUUUCUUUUAGUUUUUUUUAACAGUAAUUCUUUUCUUGUGUUUUCUCUUUUCCAAAAUAUUAGUCUUUUUGUAUACUGUCGUUGGAGGGUGGAUAGUUUUUGGGAGUUAUUGGGGAUUGGGUCGGGGCAGGGGGGUGAUAUUGGAGAGGAGGAGAAGCUAAAACCUGAAUCUGUAAGAUAAAGAAGCAUUGUGAAUUUGUACAAUUUGUUUGCUUUGCAACUUUUUUGCUGAAUACAUGAAUAGUGGAUGACGUUUGUUUUUAUUAAAUAUGUUAUUUCCUUUUUUUUCUUUUUUUUUUAAGGACAAUUAAGCUUCCUUUUGGCUGACAGGGAUACUGCCUUAAACUAGCUUUACAUUUCCUAGCUAGAGCCCCCUUCUUUCUGCUAGCACAAAGAAAGCCUCGUAUUUAUUACCCGUGAUUGAUCCAAAAGGACUCGCAUAUAAGAGCAGUGAAGAACUCGAACGAAUCUCACUCAUCUGUGCUAUAGUGUUUCACUCUGCAGAUUUAAUUGGACAAAAAAAAUGUCUUAAAAAGUAUAAAUGUGUGUAUUCUGUAAAUUGUCUACUAAAAUGUUUGUUCUGAACGUCUCCUAAAUGAGAGAUGGUUUUUCAUUUUGCUUGUAAGUGAUAUAUUAUAUAUUAUGUGCAAAAUGCACAGGUGGUCUUUUUUGUUCUCAUCAAAGUUUCCUCUAAUGUUGAUAUAAUGUAAGCCACCUCAAUACCUGCCUGGCAUUAAUGCCGUUGUGUAAGACAGAAUCAGCUCUUGGAAUAUAAGGUAUUGGCAAUCUGAAAGAUUAUGUUCUUCUAUAUAAUUUUCCUCUCUUUCGCUCUUUCUCUCUCUCGCUCUCUGUCUGUCUAUCCAUAUAUCUCUGCAAGCCUGCCUAAAAAAGGUUUAGUUGUCCAUCGGUAUGUUAAAUAUGAUAGUUUUUGUGUUUUUAUUCCUUUGGUUUCUAAUUUUUUGCACUGUGUGUAAAUGCAAUCUUGCUAGCACAAAAAAAUGUUGCCAAUAGUUUCAACUCCGCCAUUGUAAAUUGUCCCAUGGCUCUCUGAGUUAGAUUGUCUUGUUCAACAUUGAAAGUUUAGAGCCGCUGUUUUUUUUUCCUCUUCUUCUUCUUCUUCCAGGUCAUUGUGAUAUAUCUAGCUGCCUUUAUAUGCAAAUAAAAUUGCAAGAUUUUUACUUA